AUGGCUUACCGCAACGGCGUGCCCUAUGCGGGUCAGUCGCCUCUUCCACAGGCCCGUGCUCUUCCACACGUGCAGCAGCCCACCAAUCAAAUGGCCUACGGUGCACAGUAUGCUGCUCCCAUGGGUUACAACAUGAACCUCGCAAACAACCACGGCCCAGUCGGUUACGGUUACAGCUCGGCUGGUCAAGGCGGUUUCGCUCAAAGUCAAGCCUACGCACAACAAGCUUCAGCCCAACAGCAGUUCCAGGCACCCGCUCAUCUCCAGGCACAGAUUCAUCAGGCUGCCAUCGCCGCACAAGCACAAGGCCCUCCAUCCCAACUUCAGCAUCCCGCCAUGUCUCAAGCCGCCCAACUUCAGCAGCAGCAGAUCGCCGCUUCCCAACAGCAAGGCUUGCAAGCGCCUCACUCUGGCUACCCACAGCGUGUACCCGGAGGAUCGCCCAGCAACAGAUCUCCAUCGCCUUCCGCUCGACCACUCAACGCCGCUCCAAGAAGCCCGCAGCCCUACGGUCAGGCCCAGACCUACUCACAGCAGCAGCAGCAACAACAGCAACAGUACUACCAGCAGCACCAACAAUCGCAGCAGGCCCAGCACCAACAGCAACAGCAACAGCAGCAGUACGGCCAACCAGGCGGGUCCACCUCGCCCAAUCUGUCCCACGAAAAGCCCGCCGACUAUGUCUACUUUGAGCGGUCCACCAAUGGCAUGCAAAAGUCCACCAUCGAGGCCGCCACGGGGGCUAAGCUCAAGCUCGAAAACUUCUACAAAGUGUACGUCGAGCAGGCGGUCGAGCGCAUCAAGCGCGCUGCCGAGCUCGAGGACCGUCUCACCAACCCACCAGACGGUGUCCAUCUUUCCGACGAGCGCAAGGCGCGUCAGCUGGCGCAGCUCGGUCGUCGCGAGUCCAACUUCCUGCGUCUCCGAAGGACGCGCCUCGGGCUGGACGAUUUCCGCACCGUCAAGGUCAUUGGCAAAGGCGCCUUCGGAGAGGUGCGACUGGUCCAAAAGACCGACACAGGCAAGAUCUACGCCAUGAAGACGUUGCGCAAGAGCGAGAUGUUCAAGAAGGACCAACUGGCGCACGUUCGCGCCGAGCGAGAUGUUCUCGCCGAGAGCAACUCGCCCUGGGUCGUGCAGCUCUAUUAUUCAUUCCAAGAUACCGCCUACCUCUACCUGCUCAUGGAGUUCCUACCGGGAGGAGACCUCAUGACGAUGCUUAUCAAGUACGAUACCUUUUCGGAGGAUGUGACGCGCUUUUACAUGGCCGAGUGCGUGCUCGCUCUCGAGGGGAUCCACAAGCUCGGCUUCAUCCACCGUGACAUCAAGCCGGACAACAUCCUCAUCGACGCGAAAGGCCACAUCAAGCUCUCCGACUUUGGUCUCUCCACAGGCUUCCACAAGCAGCACGACUCGGCCUACUACCAGCGUCUUUUCGAAGGCACUGCCGGUCAGAACCCCGCGCAGACAGGUCGCAACUCGGUCGCGGUCAACUCGAUCAACCUCACGCUCUCCUCCAAGGACACCAUCGCAACCUGGAAAGCAAAUCGUCGCAAGCUGGCCUACUCUACCGUCGGUACACCCGAUUACAUUGCACCGGAGAUCUUCCUGCAGCAAGGCUACGGCAACGAGUGCGACUGGUGGAGUUUGGGAGCGAUCAUGUUCGAGUGUCUGUGUGGGUAUCCCCCGUUCUGUUCCGAAAACGCGCAUGAUACGUACCGCAAGAUCCUGGCGUGGCGCGAGACGCUCGCUUUCCCGGACGAUAUCCAUCUUUCCCCAGAGGCGGAGGAUAUGAUUCGUCGUCUCAUCACCGCACCCGAGACGAGGUUGGGUAGGAACAGCGCAACAGAGAUCAAGGACCAUCCGUUCUUUGCGGGUGUCGAUUGGGCUACCAUCCGACACAUCGACGCGCCUUUCAUCCCGCAGCUCAAGAGUGUGACCGAUACAAGCUAUUUCCCAACCGAGGACUACCAGGACGUACCAGAGACCCCGCAGGGCGCAGAUAUCGGCGUGGGCAGCAAGGAUCUCGCCUUUCUCGGGUACACGUACAGACGGUACGAGAGCAACGAGACGGUUCUUUGA